AUGAGCAGAGAUUUGAGGGCAGAGUUUGCACACAAUCACGCUACUAAUAGGAGCUCGGGCUUUAGUCCGUUUGAGGUGGUUUACAGUCUCCUUCCUCGUGGACCUCUCGACCUUACAACCGUUCCCGAUUGUAAACGUAUGCAUGGCCGAGCUGUGGAGUUUGUUGAUUCUUUACGUGAUACACACAAGCAAGCACAUGAUCAACUGGAGUUUUCGGCCCAGAAGUACAAGUCGAGAGCUGAUUCUAAGCGUCGUGAACUCAUUUUUGAACCAGGAGAAAUGGUGUGGGUGUUGUUAACCAAGGAUCGCAUGCCUCUUCAUGAGUAUAACAAGCUUGGCUCAAGAAAUAUUGGUCCCGUUGAAGUUUUAGAGCGUAUUAACAACAAUGCUUAUUGUCUCCGACUUCCUCCUCAUAUCAAGACUGCCGACGUCUUCAAUGUCAAGUACCUCUCGAAGUUUCAUGGCGACAAUACCGUACCAGAUUCGGGGUAG